AUGGCGGAGCGGUACAAGUAUGCAGAAUUUUCACAGCCUUACAUAGAAUCUGGACUAGUUAUGGUAGUGACAGUGAAACCAGAUAUACAGAAGGAAAGGUUUCUGUUCAUGAAAGCCUUUAAAACGAAAAUGUGGGUGUUGAUGGCCAUAAUAAGCAUAGCCACAGGGUGUGUCAUCUGGUUGAUUGAGCAUGUAAACAACAAUCCAGAGUACGAAGGUUCAUUUCCUCACCAAAUUGGAGAAAUGCUUUGGUUUUCUAUGACUGUUCUCUCCUUUUCCCAAAGAGAAUCCAUUAAAAGCAACCUAUCUCGGGUAGUGCUAGCAACAUGGUUUUUUGUAAUUGUGAUAGUCUCAGCAUGUUUCACUGCAGUUCUUAGCUCCAUGAUGACUGUCCAAAGGCUCCAACCAUCUGUAAUAGACAUUGAAUACCUUCAAACAACAAACGCAGCUGUUGGGUGCAAUGGCAACUCUUUUAUUGUGAGGUAUUUGGUGAAUGUUUUGCACUUCAAGCCAGAGAAUAUAAAGAGCAUCAACUCAAUCAAUGACUACCCAGAAGCCUUUCAGAGAGGAGAGAUUAAAGCAGCUUUUUUUGUGGAUCCACAUGCCAAAGUCUUCUUUGCGAAAUAUUGUGAUGGCUAUACCAGGGCUGGGGCUAGCUUCAAGCUUGGUGGUUUUGGCUUUGUCUUUCCAAAGGGUUCUCCACUGGCCACUGAUAUUUCAGAGGCAAUUCUCAAGGUAACAGAAAGUGGAGAGAUAAACACAUUGGAGAAACACAUGCUUUCCUUUUCAAACUGCUCCUCAUCAGUUGGCAUAUCCGAUGACCCAAGCUUAGACUACGAGCCUUUCUCCGGUCUGUUCAUCGUCUCUGGUGGCAUUUCUGCAGCUGCAUUGUUAAUCACCAUUGCUCGUCUUCUCGACAGGCACCGGCCGAUAACCGGCUUCAUUCAAACCUCACUGAUCAACAGAAGAGUUUGCAGUUGGGCUUCUUUGCUCCUCAUCCAAUGCUACUCGAGAUUUGGGUUUCAGUUCUUUAGAGAAAGCUUUAUUAGAAGAGCAAAUGACCAAAUGAAUGUGCCUGAUGCCCAGGAGGGGAAUUUGAUAGGCAUUGAGUUAGCAAGAAAUCAUGACAUUUGA